UCGUUAGCGCUCUAUAUUUAAAUCAGGGAGGCGGCCGGGCCAACUGCUGUUCUUCAAGCAGCUCACAGACAACUCCUCUAAGUUUUCCUCUCCUGGUCUGGUGCAUUUUUUUCCUCUAACAGGAGCCUGGGCCAAGUGGAUAACUCUGUCCUGUCCCUGUUCCUGUGGCUCUGAGAGAGCGAGAGCGAGACAGAGUCAGGAGGACAGAGAGAAGGAGAGAGAGGGAAGAGCACAGAACUGAGGACCUAAGGAUUGUGGAAGUUCUGGAACUUAAGUGGGGGCCACAGUGGAGUCACAACACAAAGUUGUGUAGCAGAUACAACCGUUUCUGGAAUAUUUGGUGGUGAUUAGAGGAGAGGACGUAUCUUUCCAGGAUUUAGAAGCUUUGUCCCGGGCGGGACAGUAGGACAGUAUGGCAGCCAACGGUGAGCCGGCGAUGGCUGCGUUGACAUCGUUCAUCAUGAACGAAGAUGAGCUGAAGAGGAAGCAGAGGGAGAAGUUGAAGAAGAUGCAGGCGACGGGGGGUAACCCUCGCCCCGCCCGAUCCCUCUUCUUCUUCACUCUCACAAACCCCUUCAGAAAAGCCUGCAUUAACAUCGUAGAGUGGAAACCCUUUGAGAUCAUCAUCCUGCUGACCAUCUUUGCCAACUGUGUGGCCUUGGCUGUGUUCCUACCCAUGCCUGAAGACGACAACAACGCUACCAACACCAGCCUGGAGAGUCUGGAGUAUAUCUUCCUGGUGAUCUUUACGUUAGAGUGCUUUCUGAAGAUAAUAGCGUACGGCUUUGUAUUCCACGAGGGAGCCUAUCUACGGAAUGCUUGGAACUUACUGGACUUCGUCAUUGUCUUCAUGGGCCUCUUCACCAUCGCCCUGGACACCAUCAACUAUCUAGCAGGCAUUCACAUGGAGAAGGGAGGAGGGUUAGAUAUGAAGGCCCUCAGAGCAUUCAGGGUGCUCAGGCCCCUACGUCUCGUAACUGGAGUCCCCAGCCUGCAGGUGGUGAUGAACUCUAUCCUGAAGGCAAUGCUGCCCCUGCUGCACAUUGGCCUGCUGGUCUUCUUCAUGGUCACCAUCUACGCCAUCGUAGGUCUGGAGCUCUUCAAGUGUAAGAUGCACAAGACCUGCUACUGGACCGGCACAGACAUCAUGGCUACAUUAGAGAACGAGAGGCCCGCCCCCUGUGCCCAGGCCGGUAACGGGCGCCGCUGCCUCCUCAACGGGACAGAAUGUCGUUCAGGCUGGGCGGGGCCAAACUUCGGCAUCACCCACUUUGAUAACUUUGGUUUCGCCAUGCUCACCGUCUUCCAGUCUAUCACUAUGGAGGGCUGGACCGAUGUGCUCUACUGGGUGAACGAUGCCAUAGGGAACGAGUGGCCCUGGCUCUACUUCGUGACUCUGAUCCUAAUUGGAUCCUUCUUCGUGCUCAAUCUGGUCCUGGGUGUUCUCAGUGGAGAGUUCACUAAGGAGAGAGAGAAGGCUAAGUCCCGAGGGGAGUUCCAGAAGUUGAGGGAGACCCAGCAGCUGGAUGAGGACCUGAAGGGUUACAUGGAAUGGAUUACUCAGGCUGAGGUCCUAGACAACGACCAGGAGGGGAAAGGACUCCUGCCUUUGACGGAGGCAGACACAGACAGUCUGAUAGGGAUGGAGGGUGAGAGCCGGGUGAUGUACUAUUAUCGUCUGGCUCGUCGCUGGAACCGGUACUUCAGGAUGAAGUGUCUCGUCUAUGUAAAAUCAAAGACAUUUUAUUGGUCUGUGAUUCUGGUGGUCUUCCUGAAUACUAUUGCCAUCGCUAGUGAACAUCACCACCAGUCAGACAUGCUUACUACUGUACAAGAUAAUGCCAACAAGGUGCUGCUGACCCUGUUUGCGCUGGAGAUGUUUGUGAAGAUGUACGCUCUGGGCCUGCCUCAAUACUUCUUGUCCCUGUUCAACCGCUUCGACUGCUUCGUGGUGAGCGUGGGCAUCCUCGAGAUCAUCCUGGUCACUGCUGACAUCAUGUCCCCUCUCGGCAUCUCUGUCCUCCGCUGCAUCCGCCUGCUGAGACUGCUCAAGGUCACCAAGUAUUGGACCUCCCUCAGUAACCUGGUUGCCUCCCUGUUAAACUCAGUCCGUUCCAUCGCCUCGCUGCUCCUCCUCCUCUUCCUCUUCAUCGUCAUUUUCUCCCUGCUGGGCAUGCAGGUGUUCGGGGGGAAGUUCAACUUCCCAGACCAGGAGAUCAGACGCAGUAACUUUGACAACUUCCCCCAGGCUCUCAUCAGUGUCUUCCAGGUUCUGACAGGGGAGGACUGGAACUCCAUCAUGUAUAAUGGUAUCAUGGCUUACGGUGGACCAGUCUUCCCUGGCAUCCUAGUCAGCAUCUACUUCAUCAUCCUCUUCACCUGUGGAAACUACAUCCUCCUCAACGUGUUCCUGGCCAUCGCUGUUGACAACCUGGCAGAAGCCGAGAGCCUGACGGCCGCCCAGAAAGACAAAGCAGAGGAGAGGAAGAGGCGGAAACUGCUCAGGGCCAACAUGUCAGACAAGGCUGAUGAGGAGAAGGUUCUGCUGGCUAAGAAACUGGCUGAACAGAGGAUUAAGAUAGAGGGGAUUCCCACCACUGCUAAGCUGAAAGUUGAUGAGUUUGAAUCCAACGUGAAGGAAGUGAAGGAUCCCUUCCCCUCGGCAGACUUCCCAGGUGAUGACGAGGAGGAGGAGCCUGCUAUCCCUGAGAGCCCACGGCCUCGACCAAUGGCUGACCUCCAGCUGAAAGAGGAAGAGGUUCCUAUGCCUGAGACCUACUCCUUCUUUAUCUUCGGACCGGAGAACAAGUUUCGUAAGCUGUGUCAUAGGAUCGUCAAUGCCACCCCCUUCACCAACUUCAUCCUGCUCUUCAUCCUCCUCAGUAGUAUAUCACUGGCCGCUGAGGAUCCCAUAGACCCCAAGUCAUUCAGGAAUAAGGUCUUGGCUUAUGCUGACAUUGUCUUCACCACUGUGUUCACCAUUGAGAUUGUGCUGAAGAUGACGGUGUAUGGAGCCUUCCUGCAUCCAGGCUCUUUCUGCCGUAACUCCUUCAACAUGCUGGACCUGCUGGUGGUGGGCGUGUCUCUGUUGUCCAUGGGAAUGGAGUCCAGUGCCAUCUCAGUGGUGAAAAUUCUCAGGGUGUUGAGGGUGCUGAGGCCUCUAAGGGCUAUCAACAGAGCCAAGGGCCUGAAGCAUGUUGUCCAGUGUGUGUUUGUAGCCAUCAAAACCAUCGGCAACAUCGUCCUGGUCACCAUGCUGCUAGACUUCAUAUUCUCCUGCAUAGGGGUCCAGCUCUUCAAGGGUAAAUUCUACACUUGCUCAGACCCCUCCAAAAUGACAGAGGUCACGUGCCGGGGUAUGUUCCUGAAGCACCAGGAGAACAGUCUUCAGGAGAUGGUGUUGGCCUCCAGGGAGUGGAUCAACAGUGACUUUAACUUUGACAACGUCCUCAACGGCAUGCUGGCUCUGUUUACCGUGUCCACGUUCGAAGGGUGGCCACAGCUGUUGUAUAAAGCCAUAGACUCAGACAGGGAGGAUAUGGGCCCAGUCUACAACAACCGUGUGGAUAUCUCCAUCUUUUUCAUCGUCUACCUCAUCCUCAUCGCCUUCUUCAUGAUGAACAUCUUCGUCGGCUUCGUCAUCGUAACCUUUCAGGAGCAGGGAGAGUCUGAGUAUAAGAACUGUGAGCUCGACAAGAACCAGCGUCAGUGUGUGCAGUAUGCUCUGAAGGCCAAGCCUCUGCGGUGUUAUAUCCCUAAGAACCACUAUCAGUACAACGUGUGGUACAUAGUCACCUCCUGCUACUUUGAGUACGCCAUGUUCUUCCUCAUCAUGCUCAACACACUGUGUCUCGGCAUGCAGCACUGUGACCAGUCAGCCCAUGUGACCAAGCUGUCUGACACUCUGAACAUGAUCUUCACUGUCCUCUUCACGGUGGAGAUGAUCCUAAAACUCAUUGCCUUCAAAGCUAAGGGCUACUUUGGAGACCCGUGGAACGUGUUUGACUUCCUCAUCGUCAUCGGCAGUGUUGUCGAUGUCGUCCUGAGUGAGGUCGAUGCUGCCUUGGCCUCUAGUGGAGGACUGUACUGUCUCCACGGCUGUGCUCAGACAAACCCUAUGCAGGCCAUUGCGGAUUCUGAGAAUGCCAGAGUGUCCAUCACAUUCUUCCGUCUAUUCCGUGUGAUGCGUUUGGUUAAACUACUAAACAGGUCAGAGGGCAUCCGUAACCUGCUGUGGACCUUCAUCAAGUCCUUCCAGGCUCUACCCUACGUGGCUCUUCUGAUCGUCAUGCUCUUCUUCAUCUACGCAGUCAUCGGGAUGCAGGUGUUUGGAAAGAUAGCCUUAGUGGAUGGCACACAGAUCAACCGCAACAACAAUUUCCAGACGUUCCCCCAAGCUGUCCUGCUGCUAUUCCGUUGUGCGACAGGGGAGGCGUGGCAGGAAGUGAUGGUGGCCAGUAUGUACGGCAAGAAGUGUGACCCCAAGUCUGACUUCCUACCUGGGGAGGAGUACACCUGUGGAGCCAGCUUCGCUGUCUUCUACUUUAUGUCCUUCUAUAUGCUGUGUGCCUUCCUGAUCAUCAACUUAUUCGUGGCUGUGAUCAUGGACAACUUUGACUACCUGACACGUGAUUGGUCCAUCCUGGGUCCUCAUCAUCUGGAUGAGUUCAAGAAGAUCUGGGCCGAGUACGACCCGGAUGCCACGGGGCGUAUAAAACAUCUGGACGUGGUAACACUACUGCGAAGGAUCCAGCCUCCGCUAGGCUUUGGGAAAUUCUGUCCGCAUCGCUCAGCCUGCAAGCGUUUAAUAUCCAUGAACAUGCCCCUGAACAGCGAUGGCACAGUCACCUUCAAUGCCACCCUGUUUGCCCUGGUCAGGACUGCCCUCAAGAUAAAGACUGAAGGUGUCGAAGGUAACUUUGAGCAGGCUAAUGAAGAGUUGAGAGCCAUUAUAAAGAAGAUCUGGAAACGCACCAGUAUGAAACUGCUGGACCAGGUCAUCCCACCAAUCGGAGAUGACGAGGUGACGGUGGGAAAGUUCUACGCCACCUUCCUGAUCCAGGAUCAUUUCCGUAAGUUUAUGAAGCGUCAAGAGGAGUACUAUGGCUACCGGCCCACCAAGAAGAGUGCUAAUGGGAGUGCUCCAGAGAUGCAGGCUGGUCUGAGGAGUAUAGAGGAGGAGGCAGCUCCAGAGCUCCACAGGGCCAUCUCAGGAGACCUGCUGAAUGAGGAGGAGAUGGAGAGAGCCAUGGAGGAAGCUCUGGAGGAAGGCAUCUACAGGCGCCAGGGCGGUCUGUUUGGGGACUAUUCAGAUCCGUUCUCCACAGAGACCAGCAGUGUCCUGCCCUCCCACAUGGCUAGCCAGCGUCCCCUACAGCUAUCAGAGAACCGCCCCGAGGAGGCUGAGUCGCCCCUCAGUCGCUCAGACUCUGUCUUUCUCCCCAAUACAGAGUUCUUUCCCCUGACCCCCACCAAACACAACAGCAACAACAACGCGUUUUCUUAUGAGAGAAAGGAGAGUCCGAAAGUGAGCAGGCACCAUUCCAGAGUGGACACAGAGCGCAGCUCUCCAGAUAGCAGACACUUCUCUGAGAUCAGUGAGAAACCAAUCAGAACAGACAUCACUCAGUUCCCCUACGACCUCAAAUACGGUGAGAGCCAGUCUCUUCCCAGCUGUCCCCAAGCUAAAGGGGAGGCUACAGAGGAAGAUGAAGGGGCCACGGGAGGCUCUGUGUCUGCACCUGCCGCUGACCAGCUGAUCAAAGAGGUCUUAGUGGUUGGUGGUCUUGGCGACCUGGCCAAUGACGAUUCGUUUGUGGCGGUGACUCGUAAUGAAAUGGCUGAGGCGAUGCCCAUGUCCCACUUUGAAGACGUGGCCCUGGGCCUCCUCAACGGGCGCAGUGGCCGCGCAACCUCCGCCACGAGGAAGAAGAGCCCAAUCCCUGUGCCCCCUUCCGCACCCGACCGGCCCUCUAGGUCUUCAGAACUGAAACCGAAACCCCAGGAGCAGAGAAAGAAGCGCCCCUUCCCACCCUUUAAACAACACCUGAAGGUGGAAGAGGCAGACACCAAAGUGUAGAGAGUCUGUCAUCGGAGUGCCCAUGAUGACAGUGGCAUUAUCUUGUGACAUGAUAUGACUCUUGACUUGACAAGGCUGUGUUGUAGUUGGUGACAUCACACACUCCCAGCAUUAACAAAUCCUGAUUGGUUGCCAUGGAGAUGAGAUCAAUCCACUAACCAUAGUUUCCAAUGGAGACUGGAGAAAAUAGGCCCUCUAACUAGGGUUCAUGGCCGAUAAACUAAUCUCUCGCUGGUUGGCUGUUCAGGUUUUAACAUGUUAUUCCACUGUGGUUGAUUCUUGUCAAUUCUGAUUCAAUUCUUGAAUCAGAUUCAUGAUUCUUAUGGAAAACUAACCGACAAAGGAAAAGGAAUAUUCUGCUACAGUAAUACAUUUUAAUCUUCUCAGUUCCGCCAUAUUUAUUUCAACAAAUUAAAAAAGAACUUAUCACAGAGUGCACAGGUUCAUGAACCUCUUUCUUUGUUAUACUGUUUGUUGACAUAAUAAUCUAUUCCAUAGAGUGGUUAGACAGAACAACUAUGUCCCGUCUGCUGUGUUUCUUACUAAAACCCUAACUAAGGCCCUGUACACACUGCAGGAUAGCAUUUUUUGUCAUGAAUCUUGUUCUGGAGGCAGCGCUGCACUGGUCACUAGCGAGCAUUAAAAAAAUCUAUUUUUAAACUUAACCCUAACCUUAAAUUAAGACCAAAAAAGCCCAUUUUGACUUUGCAGCUGGCCUAUCUAAGGGGAAAUCGCUCCAUUCUGCCUCCAGGACAAGACACAUGACAAUAAACGUCAACAUGCGCACACACGCAACUUGUACACGUAUUGUGUGCAUGGUGACAGAUGGUGCUUUCAAGACAAAUGGGAACUCUGGAAAAAAACGAAGUAAAAUCAUGACGUCAGUGAUCUUCAGGUCGGAAAGUCAGAGCUCUAGAAAGAUGCCUGAGUUUCCGACUUGGAAUUCCGAGUUGGACUCCCUGUCGGAGCACUUUUUUUCCCAGUUGUCUUGAAGGUGCUGAAGUCUGAGAUUUCUGAGUUACCAGUUGUUUUGAAUGCAGCAAAAGUCUGUGAGUGGAGACAGGGGUGUCCCGGCAAGGGCUGAAGGGGAAAAAAGGAGUUGAGAAAGAAAGGAUGCCAUUUUGGAUCACCUGUGAGUGCGUUUCAGUGAGUUUCUAUGUAUCUGGGACAACUGCAACUGUUGCGUUUGAACGGUUUAGUUCAAUCUUUUGAAAAUAGUCUCUCCUGUUAAAACAUCCAGGAUGCAAGGAAAGGCUUAGUACACACUCAGGUUGUACACCUGAUGCACAACACAUUUGACACAAUGGUUGUGAUACAUCAAAUAGUUUUGAUGAAGCCUCACCAUAGAGAUAGAGGACUCUGCAUGGAUAUCACCCGUUUUUAGCAUGGACAGUGCUAUUGAGGGCUUCCACCAUUUUAUAGUGGUUAACUGGGUGGGGACUCCCAUGAGUUUGGAGCAAUCAGUCACUGAAGAACAUGAACUACUUUAAAAUGGAGAUAGCCUCAAUAGCACUACUGUCACAGACACAAAGAUGAGUCUAUCUCUAUGAGCCUCACUGUUUGUGUUCAUAAAGGCGACGUCCUUCAUUUAUAUUGUUAAAGGGAGGACUUGCCAUCUUUUUACUUUAUUUACACUUGUCUUCAUUUAAUCGAGACUUGUAAAACACAGUUUCCUUUGCUCAACCUCCUCCCACUGUGGGUUUGGGCACUUUUUUAAGAGGAAGUUUCUUUUCUUUUAUUUUAAAUGUGUUGGACAUUUCUUUGUACUUUUAAUUUAUUAGUUAUUAUUGUUUUAUCAAUGUUUGAAUACUCACUGAAAUAGGUGUAUAGGGGAGAGUGGGGUAAGUGGAGCAAAUGUUUCAUUCAGCAUCACUCUGUAAAGGGAAAUAUAUUAUUUCUAACAAAAGGUAUCUACAUAUAUUUCAGGAUGCUGCGCAUCCCCUGAAAUAAUCAGAAUUCAUGUCAAAAUUAGUUUUGAAAACAUAGUUUGUUCCAAAAACAAGUGGUCUCUUGGCACAACUUACCCCAGGUUAAGCCACCAACACAUUUCUGUACUGAAUGAAAUAUUACCACUACCUAUUUAAAACCAUGUCUAUCUUUAUUUCCAAACACAAUGACAAUCACUGUUUGUCUUUUAAUCAAAUUUUACCCCAAGCUUAACGCCUAACAACCACUUUGUACUUUCUUUUUAACAUAUCCCAAUGAUAAUGCUUUGCAUUAUGCUCGGGAAGAAAACACAUGCUCACUUACCCCAAGACAAACAUUUUGGUUUAGAUACAAGCAUCAUGAAACCUCAAAUUCAUUUGACUUGUUGAAAAUUCCGUUUUUUGGUCCCAACUUGCUUACCACUUUUUACAUGUGGUUUCUUCCUUCACAGACUCCAUAAAAUGACAUUUUCCUAAAUAUUUGGUCAAAUUAUACAUUUUGUUUGGUGUUUCCUAGAAACAAGGGAGGCUCAACUUACCACACUCUUCCCUACUAGUAUUUAGCACUUAUCUAACAGAUCACAUUGUAGUUCAUGAAGAUAUGAGUAUUUAAUAUAAACCAGAGAUUUUGUUAAAUGAGAUUCAUAUGUAUUAAUGACCGGAGGUUGAAAGUAAGAAAAAAAAUGUAAUAAAGGCGAUUCAGGAUUUUAAGUAAUGCUGAAGUUAGAUUUGAUUAAUGCAAGAGUUGUUAGUCAUAUCAGCAUACCUGGUGUAUGGUGGAGUUAGCAUGAAGGCCCACAUAGGGGAUUAACUGGUUUUGUACAAAACAACUUUGCACAUUUUUUGUCUGGGGAAGGAUCUCAAAAGUAUUUUGCUUAAUUCCUUGUGAGCUCUUUCCUCACCUUCUCCUGAAAAUGUAAGUUGUAAGCAAGGAGAGCAUUGGAGAAGAUCUGAUGUUUUGAGGAUGCAAAGAAAGACCGAAUCAAGGAAAAUACCUUUGAGAUUCACCCCAGGUCAUUUUUAAGUUGUCUUAAAGGAGUUAUUUUUCACUUCAUCAUCCUCUUGUUGGCCAUUUCUGCCUUAGUAACCAUUUUGUCUUUAAAAAGAUAAUGCUGCGUAAAUCAGACUUUAAGUAGUGGGUGGGACAGCUUCUAACCCUGCUAUAACAAGUUUACACAAGUAUACCCAUCUUCUAAUAUGUGCCUUUCAACAAAAUGUUUUUUUUUCUUCAUGUCAGUCAGAUGGAGCUUACAAUGGCAAAACAAAUAAAACAUCCAUUACUUUG